AAAUGAGUCACAAAAUUACAAAAAUCGCGAAAAAUAUUUUAAAAUUGAACGUAACUCGAGAAAAAAAUGCUAAAAAGCCCGAAAAUAUCGUUUUUGUGUCGAAAUAAUUAUUAAAAAAAUAUUUUUUUAGAGAAUUUGUACAAAAAAAUGGUAAAAUUCGAUAAAAAUGUGUCGUCAUUCUUCCUGCAAAGUUGGAUAUUGGCAAUUUUGUUAAAAUUUAUCGUUUGUACGAGCGACACGGGCAACAAUAUCACGAGAAUAGCCUUUGGCGGGAUACGAGAUGCCUUGCCAGCUGCUUACGGAGACUUUAAUUCCGACGAGUUGACAGAUAUUUUCAUCUUAACUGAGGGGCAGCAGACCGUACAAAUUUUAUAUGGCAGUACGGAUUCGGAUCAACUGUUCCGCCCUGGAUCGCAAUGCAAGUUUGUCGGUUACGGCAACAACAGAAUCACGUCAGUUAUGCCCGGAGACUUUGACGGCGACGCUUUUAUGGAUUUAUUGGUGACUGUACAACAUGAAGGGCACGAAAAUUUGCGAGAUGUCUUCAUUUUGUACGGUUCGGGUGACGAUUUGAAUUGCACAGGCACGCAAUUUGCCGUAAUUAAGGAGAUGCGAGGCGAACCUCUCGUACUGGAUUACGAUCAUAACAUGACAAUGGACCUGUUUGGCUUGGAUAAGGAGGAAAAACGUAAAUUCUGGUUGUUUGGCAGGGAAAGAGGCGUUUUCAAGGAAGUUGUCGAGAUGGAAUGGCAUGAUAGGGCUGUCGGCGAAGUCAGAAUUCCGCAUUCGCAUGCGAUUUUGGACUUGAAUCACGAUUUUAAUGCGGAUUUGGUGGUUUCAUGCAAAGAUGGGUACGAAAUUUGGCACGGAAAGAAGGAGAAGGGGUUUGAAUUUACGCGAGCGAUUAAAUUGGAAGAGGUGUCGUCGAGCGUUAUUUGGGGCUCGGGCUACUACGGGCAAUCUGUGUUCAUGGAUGUCGAGCUCGAAGGGCGGCUAAACAUGGUAGUGCCCGUUUGUUGGAGCAGCGAUUGCAAAAAUGCCUCGUUUCUCGUGUGGACUGAUCGCCCGAUGCCGUAUAACGUGCCCGUUAGUCUCAAAGACCCAAGCGGGAAUUUUUGGAUGUUUGCCAUGGAAAAAGGCAAAUUGUACGAAGAAACGGUGACUUUACGUGUGGGCGACUUCAAUCUCGACGGAUAUCCCGAUAUUUUGGCGACUCUCAGUCAUGGCGGCACGAAAAAAACUUUUUUGCUGAAAAAUGAGGAGAACGGUGUGAAUCGCGCGACUUCGUUAUCGCGAAAAUUCGAGGUUCAAUGGCAUAAUGGGUUCAGUAGUUACGGCAAUAACACGAUUCAAGGAUCAUUUUUCGACUUUUAUCAGGAUGGCACGUUGGAUGUGAUACUGGUUGAACGUUACGGCGACAAAUAUCAACCUUUCGCCUUCCGUAACUCCCUGGAUUACGACGCAAAUUUCAUCAAAGCGAUCGUUUUGACGGGUCUCAAAGGCGAUCGCAGUCCCUCGUCGAUGACGCCACUCGGAAAACGUCGACAAUAUUACGGAUCGAACAUCCCCGGGCCUCGUAUCGAGUUCAAUACGACGACGCAAGAGGGUGACAAGCAACACGGAACUGCCGCGCAACUCUCACAAUCAGCAUAUUUUGCGUUGCAGUUGCCGUAUACCGUUUUUGGGCUCGGAAGAACGCCAAAUUUCGUCGAUUCGCUUACCGUGGGUCUCUUUACGUUGCACAAACAUCACUCGCAGGUCAUUCCGAACAGUCAGAUUAUAGUUGUGCCCUCGCCAAUCAACAGGCCAGAUCAUUGGGCGGUGCAGCUGUUCGUGACGCCAAGCAAACUCAUCUGGAAUUCCGUCAUUGCCAUGAGCGGCGUUUGCAUUACGAUUCUUUUUAUCAUCUUGGGACUUCAUUUCAAGGAGAAGCGCGAAGAUAAGUUGGAAAAACUCGCGGAAGCGCAUCGUUUUCACUUUGAUGCGAUGUAAAAGUUGGAGAAAAUGUCCCAAAAACCUACUAAUUUUUAAUGUGAUGUAACUUUUUAGGUAUUUACGAAAAUUUAUUAUUUAUCACGCGGUACUUUUAUUUUUUAAGAGAAAUUAAUAAAAGAAAUAUUAAUCUUAAAAAAAGAUUUUAAAUUAAUUAAAAAGUUAAUUUUGCGGAAAUUCUUUUUUUCAAAC